ACAUAAUGUGCACCAGCUAGAGUUGGGUGCUGCUGACAGGGAGCAGUGGGUUAAGUUGCUGCUGUGCAGGCUCAGUGAGUGGAGCUCAUUCUAGCACUCUGUCCUGCCCUUGGAGCCAGCAUUCAUUAGCCUGCAGUGAUCUGGUUAAGGGAUUUAGUGAAGAGGCAGAUCUCCCUGCAGCCGAUACAGUUACACAGUGUAUCCAUUGCUCAAUCCAACUCACAGCAACCAAAUGGCAACAAAGAUAGAUAAAGAGGCUUGCAGGGAGGCUUAUAACCUGGUGAGGGCUGACACCAAUGGCAUCAGCUGGGUAACAUUUAAAUAUGAUGGCCCUACAAUAGUACCAGGGGAUCAAGGUUCAGAAUAUGAAGAAUUUGUAAAUGCCUGUUCAGAUGACAUUCGGCUGUACGCAUACAUCCGAUUUACCACUGGGGAUGCCAUGAGUAAAAGAACUAAGUUUGUCUUAAUAACCUGGAUUGGUGAAAAUGUUGGUGGACUCCAGAGAGCUAAAACUGGCACUGACAAGACACUGGUAAAAGAUGUAGUACAGAACUUUGCCAAAGAAUUUGUGAUCACAGACCAUAAGGAGCUGGAGGAAGACUACAUUAGGAACGAGUUAAAGAAAGCUGGUGGUGCCAACUAUGAUGCCCAAAACGAAUAAUUGAAACACUUACUUGGUGCCAUCUGCUGGGAUCUCAAAGAGCAGCCAAUCAAAUGAAAACUGGAAACUAAAGGACACAAUACAAGAAAGACUGGUUUACUCUUUCCAUGUCCCUCUCCUUGCUAGGCCCGCACAACAUGAACAACUGGAAUCCAUGCCACCGUUUCAUCCCUUCUAUCUAAUUCCACCAUAUUGAAUUAAUCACUCCCGCUUUGCUGAGUCCAGGAGGCAAUGCUGUUUCUGGAUACGUCUAUACUGCAGUCUACUUGACAAGCGAAAUCUGUUUAUCCUCCAUUGACUGAAUUAUCCAACAUAGGUCGAAAUGAUGUUAAGGGUUCCUUUCUGGGAUUGGGAAGGCAGAUUUUUUUUUUUAAAGUUGAGGACUGAAUCCAUCUUUAGCGUUCGCAUAUAAUUGUAGCCAAGAUCAUACCAAGAACAGACUGCAUGUUACCAAUCAAAAGUGAAGAUCGUAGUAGAGUUUUAUAUGUUUUAAAAGCAUUACCAUGGCAACCAUAGAUAUUAUAGCUGUAACAAGUCUACAUGGAAUAUCAUGAAAAUGCAAUGUAUCUGAUGGCUGUUUCUGUGUGGCUUGGGAGAUUUGGUUUUCUUUCUGUGCCCAGCUCUAAGUUACAAGUCUACAUUCCUUUCAUUUUAUGGUUAAUAGGUUUCAUUCCAUUUAAAUCCAUUGUCAGUUGAAAAAAGUGAAAACAACCUAUUGUUGUUUUUUUCCUAUAGAACGUAAUCUCCAAUUGCUGUCCAGAAUGCAAAAUCCUAGUUGGUCGUGUCUUGUCCUUAUUAAGGAAAGGACUUUGUCCAUCUCAAUAAUACAACUGAAUAGCUGUCAAUGGUUCCCUAAGUAAAGCUACAAUAUUAUGCUUUAAGCUCCAAAUGAUAAGACCACAAAGUAUGAUGGUACAUUUUUCUGUAAGGACUUGGGGAUUGAUGAUGCAAUUGACAUCAUGACCAUACAUUUGAUACGUGAUCCAUCUUGCCCAAUAACUUCUGUCCUCUAACAACACAAAUUACCGUAUGUAAUCUCUCCCCUGUGACCACACAUAUUGCCUACAGACAUUUACAUCAAAGAAUAUGGCCACAUAACAGAUCAAAAUAGAAUUAAUGAAAACAUAACAUUUCAUAGAAGAUCUACAGUUCAAUUUCAAUCUGUAAUCCCAUUCCCAUUCAUAGUAUAUAAAGAAACUUGUUUUUUUAAGAGCAGACAUUAGGGCACCAUGAUGUAGGUGUGGGUCUAGAAUCUGUUAAUUGUUUCCAGGCAGAGACAUUUAUUUGGUGAUAAUCUGCCGGGUUUGGGGAUUGCACAUAUUUUUUUAAGUUAAUAUCGUUUAAUAUUAACUUACUAAUGUGUAAAUUCAUACUAAUGGGGAAUUCAAGCAGCUGAAACCUGUGAUGCCAAUUUUGCAUUUCAGAAUUCUGAGUUCUUAAAAGAAUGACCUACCUAGCACAUCGCUGUAAGUAGGUGAUCUUGUGCGCGUGUUCAGAUAAUGACUCACAAUUAGAAGAUGCUCUUGAGUGUUGCUCACUGGUGGAUUAAUGUUUUUGCCACAAAAAAUUGACAGUUCCUGCGGUGUACGAACUUUACAUUUGAAACAUUCGACCUUAACAGCUGUGAUCCUGAAAGUGCCUGCGGCCCGUUGAAUGUGCAAUAGGCAGCUGUAUAACACUGUAACAAUUGAUCUCGUUUGGCAUGUGGGUGCAUAACAUACGUUUUACAACAUAGUAACAAUGCAGCUCUGUUGGCAUGUGGGCAUGUAACAUAGGAAGCCACAAUAAGACUCCAAGACGUAACAGUAGAAUUAAAAAAACAAAAACAUUUGUGUAAACAAACCCACGGUAUUGCACAAAAUGAGUUUUUCUCUUUUCGAUGCAACGUAAGUUGGUUAAUGAACUCUUUACACUAGAAGCAGACUCCCAUAAUGUUUAAAACGAUUGCAAUCAGGUCACUGAAAUUUUACCAACCAAACUCAUCAUUUAAAAGGGAAAUAUUACAGAGUAGGACUCGUGGAAUCACUUGGUUUGCAAAACCAUUAAAAUAAAAUUUGUUCGUUUUUUUUUCUUUUUUCAAAAGUAACGUUUCUGAGUGUUAUUUUAAAUUGUUCAAGCUGGGUGUCUGAAUAUAUUAUCCCAAAAUGUA